AUGGCUGCACAAACAGCCUUGGACGGGGUCAUAUCGGAAUUAGCCUAUAUAAAAUCACUUGAGCCAAGAGUUUUGAACAAUGCCGAAAGAUCCGCAUGGUCUCAUUGUUUACUCUCGUAUAAUCUCACAGCCAACUUCCUCCGGAACAUCCUUGAUGUGAAAACGAAAAGUAAAGCUUCUGAUGUUCAAGUACGGCUCAGUGGCGCAUCAACAAACAUCUUUUCGUGUCGAGACGGAUUCGCUGAUGUGAACGAGACCACGAACAUCUACCCGCUAGUGAUCUCCAACAAUGUCACGGAGCUGAUAACGAACUGUCUGGCGGUGAACAAGGUGCUGUUUGAAGAAGAAAAGAGAUUUAGGCCUAAGGAGUUUCGUAAAUCUUUUCCAGCUAACAAUAGCGUCUUCGAUGAGCCGGACUGUGUGGUGGCUCAAGAUGGUUCGGGGAAUUUCACGACAGUCACGGAGGCUCUGGAAGCGUCAACGGAUCGAGAAGAUGUCAGUCAAAGAUAUGUUAUACAGGUAAGACAAGGUACUUACGAGGAAUAUCCUGUUGUGAGGGCCGAAAUGAAGAAUAUUGUGCUAGUUGGUGAAGAGGUUUAUGGAGACGGAUUUAUUGCGAAGGACAUCACUUUCGAGAACACUGCUGGAAUGGAUGCGGGACAAGCCGUGGCCGUACUGUCACAAGCUGACCAGGCCGUUUUCUACCUUUGCGGAUUUAGAGGUAACCAAGACACUCUCUAUGCCGAGACGCAGAGACAAUUCUUCCGAGAGUGCGAAAUAUACGGCACAGUGGACUUCAUAUUCGGCAACGCCAAUGCAGUAUUUCAGCAAUCCACCAUCUACCCAAGUAACACUGACAGAGGACUAGUCGUCACAGCCCAAGGCCGAUCCGGCCUAAACGAAUCCACAGGGACCGUAAUCCAGAACUGCAGAAUUGUUGCAGCACCCGAUUUCACACCAGAAGGCAGUCCCGCUUACCUAGGCCGUCCGUGGAAAGAUUACUCGACUGUUGUCAUAAUGCAGAGCUUUCUUGACAGUGUGGUGAACCCUGCAGGGUGGAUGGAGUGGGAGGGAGCAGACCCGGGUCGAGAUUCGACUGUAUUUUAUGCGGAGUUUGAUAACAGUGGACCAGGCUCAGAUACUGAUGAGAGAGUCCAGUGGCCUGGGUACCAUAAUAUAACAGACCCGGAUGAAUUAGAGCAGUAUAGUAUUGAUAACUUCAUUGAUGGGAGUUCUUGGCUACCGGACACAGGGGUGCCAUUUGAUCUUUUUUAA